AUCCAAUAAACUCAUUUUUAUGUUAAAAUACAAUACGAUUUUUAUUUAAUUGAAUCUCAAAGUUUGUCCACCAAAUUAACUCAAAAAAGUCAAAUUGGACAAAUACACUGGGAUGGAGAGAGUAUUAAACUACUUGACAGAAUGACGAACAUGAACAUCACAUGUUGUGAACGAGUUCAUCUGGAAGAUCCAAACAUCACGGUGAAAUAUGGUUAUAAUGACCGAGUAGAGAUAGAGGAGCGACGGCCAGCGAAGAGCUUACGGAUCCAGAUCGAAUUUCUUCAAUUCCAAAUGGAUGAUUUUUCUGAAAAUCGUGAGUGGAUAUAUAAGAGAUUCUUAGCCAAAGCUUGGACGAGGGAGAAGAUUCUACCUUUGUCUCGUACACCCACACCAAAAAUCAUGACAAAAAAACGUGGAUCACCGAAAAAGCAGCGACAGUGGCAGAGAACUAUAAUAGUUUGAAAGAACAAGCUAUUCAGGAGGGGAUUGAUGUUG